GUAACUCUGCAACGUAAGUGGUGGAGUUCUUGCUGAGGGGGUGUCAAAUUACCCCUGGCCAGUUUUAGACUGGGAACCUCUCUGUAGUACUUGGGCGCAAUUAGCGUUUGUUGCUUCCUUUUCUACUCAUUUUUAAAAUACAGUGUUCGGAAUGAGCAUCGAAACGCUUCUGGAGGCUGCCAAGUUUUUAGAAUUGCAAGCUCUGCAACAACAGAAAGCACGUGAAGAUGAAUUUAAGGAAAAGCUGCUACGGGAGCAGAAGACCUCUGGAGUGAUCCCUAACUCAACAGUCCACUGUAAUAAUAUAACAAAAGCCCAGGGAUGUCAUCCAGCUUUAAUACAGCCACCAAUGCCUCCAGCCUCUGUUCCCAUUACGGUCAUCCCUAUACCUGUGGUCACUCCCAGUCACAGCGUCUCUCCAAGUCUACCUGUAGCACCCCUGCCCUCUACAAAGAGAGAGUCCCUGUUUAAUGAGGACCAGAAUCCAUCUGGGCUGCCCUGCUCCCCACUGCCCAGACCAGAUCACCACCCCACCUCAGCCCCCAGUACAAAUCAUAAACAGCCCCUGCACAACCACCAGCAUCACUUCAUAGGUCAAACUGCUAACACCAGCGUUCAGCAGCAGACUCCUCAACAUUCUAUCCACCGCUACACUGGGUCUAUCGUUUCUCCCUCUCCGUCUCAAGCAGUACUUCCUCAGUCAGGCACGUUACUGCAGCAUGGCCCCAUCCUUAACGGGUCCGUCAGCCGAAGCAGCCCCCUCGAUGACUCCCGACUUUUGGACAGUAAAAAGCGUCCCGGGGGGGCAGGUACAAGAGAGGUCCAUAACAAGCUUGAGAAGAACAGGCGGGCUCACUUGAAGGAGUGCUUUGAAACACUGAGAAAGAAUAUUCCUAAUGUUGAUGAAAAGAAGACCUCAAAUCUGAGUGUGUUAAGAAGUGCCCUAAGAUACAUUCAGACGUUAAAACGCAAGGAGAAAGAAUAUGAGCAUGACAUGGAGCGCCUGGCCAGGGAAAAGAUUGCCACACAGCAGCGUCUGGCAGAGCUGAAGAACGACCUGAGCCAAUGGAUGGAUGUGGUGGAGAUUGACCGUGUCCUCAGACAAACUGUGCAGCCUGAGGAAGACCAGGCUUCAACAUCCACAGCAUCAGAAGGUGAAGACAUUUUAGAUGAUGAUCUUGAUGAUGAGAUGGAGCUCGAGCAGAGUCCCUCCCCUGCUGCUCCUCAGGUGACCAAACCAGAGCUGCAGAAAACAGUCACCCCUCCAGAGAAGCCAGCCCAGCCUUCCAGUCCAUGCAUCACCCAACAUAAAGCACCACCACCCACUUUGCCACCCCCACAGCCACUGCUCAAACCUGCCCUCACCCAGACAGUAACGGCAACAAUCUCCUCCAGCGCCAACUCUUCGGCCCUCAUACCCAAGGGACCCAUCCCCGCUCUGCAUCCCACAGUUAUAGCCCAUUCCUCCGUCUCCCACCCCUCGGUCAUCCAGACACUAAACCACGUUAUACAGACUCCUAAACACAUCACCCAUUUGGCUCCCCCAACAAGCAGUGGCCCGGUACAUUUGACUCCAGCUCAAUCGCCCAUCAGCCAUAUCACAGUGCACCCAGUCACUCACCUACCUGCCUUGUAUUCUCAACCUGUAGCUGUCACACAGCCUGGUAUUGUGGGUCACAUCACCCACACACUGAACCAUGCCCAUCCCCACCUCAAUGGCACAGCAACUAGCCAACCAUCUACUGCUGCAAUAGUGGGGAAACAGACGACUAUGGGCGCACAAAUGGUCACUCAUCACACGCAGCUUGUGGGUCAGACAGUACUCAAUCCGGUAACAAUGGUGACCAUGCCCUCAUCAUUCCCUAUAAGCAUUCUGAAACUGGCUUAAUACACAGGGCAUACACUUAACCCAAUAUAGUGCAGGAGAGCAGUCUUUACUGUGCAAAGUUUCCUAAAAGCAUUAGACAUGACAAAAGCCAAAAAACCUUGUUAGUUCUUUUUACAGCUGUCUUCCUACUUGUGAAAUAGCUACAGCAUUAAGAGCCUAGAAUAUCCAACUUCUAUGCCUGUGUGAUGUGAUUUAGCAGAGCUCUUCCCCUCAAGUGGAGGUGGUUGUCAAGAAAUCAUGGGGUAAACUUUGCACAGGAUUUAGACUCCUUCUAGACCGUGCACAUAGAAAUGGCUCCACCUGCUGUCUAGUUCUUUAAAAUACUGAAGUACUUGUGCCUCUGUGAAGGUGGCAAUGUGACAUCUAAUAUUUACUAUUAUCAAUGACAAUACUGACAAUCAAAUUACUUUUUUUUUUUUUUUUGUUUUUGUCAUAUGCCACUGUGCAUUGACCUAAGGGUGAAAUUAAUGUUUUGUUUUUUUUAUGCUGCUAUAGUAGUAUUAGAUGUCGUCAGUCUGAUCUCUCAUGUUAAAAUUAUGAAAGAGUUCGAAAGCUCUUAACACUAGCGCUGCAGAUCAUCAGAUUGUUCAUUUUCUGGUGAGAGGGUACUGAAUGUCAUUAGAUCCAAAAGCCUUGCCCUGUGCUGUGUGUCUGUGCUGUCAUGUAAGUUGUAGAGUAUGUGCCUGCAUUCUGUCAGAGCAUGCCACAUCUGUGUUAUUUGUUGAGUAUUUGAAACCAGGUCACAUGAGUACUGUCUUAUGUUAUAAACUUGCUCAGUGCAACAUAUUUAGGAAUACCUCUGCUGUGGUUUAUGGCUCUGGGAUAAACACUCAUACAAACUAAUGGCUAGUUUCAGGAUGCACUGUGAAAUGUAUUUAGUAUAAUUAAGCAGCAAACCUGAACAUUUAGCAAUGGCCUUUGCUAGUUAAUCUACCAAUUAAAUCGGAAUGUACUGUUCCAUUGUUAGCACAUUUGUAUGGAUUUUUUUUUUUUUUUU